AUGAGUGUUGUAUUUGGGGUGCAGUCGUCGAAAGAUUUGUAUGAGGAGCUUUGGGCACUGUGGAGAGAAAGUCUGAGCGAUGUAUGUCCACUGGAAGACUACCGCGGCAUUACGCUGGUGCUGCAGCAGCUGCGGACGGAGCAGCAGGAGGAGGCGCUGCGGCGGCAGCAGGAGAACCUGCAGCGCAGCAUAUUAGACGUUGCUUUCAAAAGCAGCAGCAGCAGCAGCAGCAACAGCAGCAGCAGCAGCAGCAGCAGCAGCAAAGAUGUCUGCAGCAGCAGCAAAGAAACAAGCAGCAGCAAGAGCUGCAGCAACACGAUCGAGCCGUGCUGCAUCGUCAUAGAUUCAGUGCAGCAGUCGCAGGAUGACUCCCAGUCACAACAGCAGCAGCAACAGCAGCAGAUGGAUGUGGAGGAGCAGCAGCAGCAGCAGCCGCAGCAGGAGCAGCAGCAGCAGCAUGAGGAGGAGCAGCAGCAGCAGCAGAAGCAGCAACGCCCGCAGCAGCAAACAGCAAAACGGACACCAAUCAGAAGAUCUCCAUCGCCUAUUGAUUGCUGCUUCAUUACUGCGAGCGACAGCAGCGACAGCAGCAACAGCAGCAGCAGCAGCAGCAGCAGCAAAAAAGACGCAAAGACACCAAGUCUGCAUGGCUCCCACCGGCUGCAGGAAACACCAAAGACACGUCUCCGAACGGGCGACAGAAACCCUCAGCUGCACGUGGAGCAGCAGCAGCAGCAGCAGCAACAGCAGCAGCAGCAGCAGCAGCAGCAGCAGGCGCUGCUGCGGUGGGGUGCACGUACACCUGAGAGUGGAGCCUCAACACCCCUUCUGAAGACCCCAGUGAUAGACAGAGCGCAGCGCAUGCAGACAGCAGCAGCUACCACGAGUAACAGCAGAAAGAGGAAACGUUCAGCAGCAGGAGUAACUGCUGCUGCUGCUGCUGCUGCUGCUGCAGCAGCAGCAGCUGCUGCUGCUACUGCUGCUGAUCGUGGCAAGUCUCCAAUGCCGACGCAGCUGAGCCUGGAGGAGUUCCUGCCGGGAGGAGGUCGAUCCCCACAGACCAUACGGAGAGAGCUGCAGCAGCAGCGCAGCAGCAGCACAACAGCAGCAGCCAAAGCGAGUCGUGCUGCUGCUUCUGCUGCUGCUGCUGCUGCUGCUGGUGUGGGUGCUCCGCCGAAUGUUAUAUCUUUGCUGACGCAGAAUAUAGACAGCAGCAACGGCAGCAGCGACGAAAAGCCUUCUGAGUCCCUUCUGCAGCAGCAACAGCAGCAGCAGCAGCAGCAGCAGCAAGGGAGGGACUGCUGCUGCGGCGCUGCUGACAGCAGCAGCUGCUGCUGCGCACCAGACGCAUGCAUCAAGCUCGCAGCCGGUGCUGCAGCUGCUGCUGCAGCAUGCUGCUGCAACGGGAGCCACUGCAGCACGCCUCAGAGGGAAAACAGCUGA